AUGUUACGGGUAGCAUGCUACGGGAGUGGCCAGUACCUGUACCUUUCAGUUGUUAUCAUCUUGUGCCUCGGUUUAAUCAUUACACUCAAAUACCUCGUUUCACUUGUCACAUGGAUCUUCAACACGUGUUUCAGAUCUGAGAAAGACCUUAUCAGAAGCUAUGGUUCAUGGGCUCUGGUCACCGGAGCCACCGACGGCAUCGGAAAAGCCUUGGCUUUUCAAUUAGCUCAGAGAGGGCUCAACCUUGUUCUUGUGAGCAGAAGCUCCGAAAAGCUUCAAAAAGUUGCCGGUGAAAUCCAUGCAAAACACCCUGGUAUACGCACCGAGAUCAUCAAGAUGGACUUUUCCGGCGACUUGUCGGUGGGUCUCCGGCGAAUAGCAGAGGCGACCAAAUAUUUGGAUCUUGGGAUUUUGAUCAACAACGUGGGGAUCACGUACCCUAGGGCGAUGUUCUUUGAUGAGGUGGAGGAGAAGGUGUGGACGAAGAUUGUUAGAGUGAACAUUGAAGGUACGACAAGAGUAACAAAAGCUGUUUUACCUGGGAUGAUUCAAAGGAAAAAAGGUGCAAUCGUUAAUAUUGGUUCGGGUGCUGCGGUGGUUGUUCCUUCGCAUCCUCUCUAUACAAUCUACGCUGCUACAAAAGCUUACGUGGAUCAGUUAUCAAGUUCUCUGUACGUUGAGUAUAAACAAUAUGGGAUCCACGUGCAAUGUCAGGUACCAUUGUACGUUGCAACGAAUAUGGUGUCAAAGGUAGCCGCUAUUAAGAGAGACUCUUUAUUCGUACCAACAGCAGAGGGUUAUGCUAGAGCCGCAAUACGUGUAAUUGGGUAUGAACCAAAGUGCACACCUUAUUGGGCUCACUCAAUUCAGUGGGGCUUCGCACGCUUAAUCCCUGACCCAUUACUUGAUGCUUGGCGCUUCUCCAUUGGAAUGAGCCGUAGGAAGCUCGAGUGA